GUGUAAUCGAACUGAAAACGGCUGACAUUUUUGCGUCAAGAGAAGCUUCAUUUUUGUUCAGCCGCAAAACGUUUUUCGCAGUGUGGAGUGUGAAAAAUUACCGAAACAACAUUGUAAUAAUUGGAGACGUGUUUGUCCGACAAAGUGUUGUCAGCAGAACAUCUUCGCCUUCGCAUCGCAAUGGCUGGCGGAUCCGGCUCGAAGGUGGUGCAAAUCACCAACAUUGCCCCGCAGGCGACCAAGGACCAGAUGCAGAACUUGUUCGGCCACAUCGGUAAGAUAGAUGAGAUUCGGUUGUACCCGACUAUUCGGGAUGUGUCCUGUCCGGUGGUGUCUCGCAUCUGUUACGUGAAGUAUUUCGAGAGCAGCUGCGUCGCGGUGGCUCAGCAUUUAACCAACACGGUUUUCAUCGAUCGAGCUUUGAUCGUUAUUCCGGUGCAGGGUGGCCUGAUACCCGACGAGUACAAGGCACUGGAGAUGGCCGCGAAUGGAACGCUGGUACCGGGCUUGCAGAACAUCGAUACUCCGAGCAAGCUACCACCGGAGGUUGUGAAUCGGAUUGAUGGAAUGGUGCCGAAUCAGGUGGUUAAAACCAUUGACCCAAAGCUGGACGAAAACAACCUGCCGGAGUAUCCUCCACUCCCGGUCAAUUUUGAUGCGAAGAAGAUUGAAGAGACGCGUCGCACCGUUCUUGUGCUGGAUAUCAAGUCCGACUGGCGGUUGGAAGAUUUGAUGGAUCAUUUUAAAGCAGCUGGCGAAAUCAAGUACGCACGGUUUGCCGAGAACGACCGAUCGCGCUAUGCCAUGCUGGAAUUUUGUGACCAGAGGAGUGUUAUAUUUGCGCUAAAGAUGCAAGGGUCCGAAUUUCGUGGCUAUCGGCUGAACAUUCAUCAUUCGACGCAACCGAUUGUGAAGCCGGAGGCGAAGAGCAAUGAGGCAGCCCAAAAGGAGAUCGAGGAAGCGAUGUCGAUUGUAAAGGAAGCUCACAGUAUGAUUUCGGCUGCCAUCGAUCCGGUAAUCGGAAUGUUGGCUAAGGAUAAAAGCGCUAGCCGACGCCGAUCUCGCUCGAGUUCCCGUUCGAAAGAUCGCCGUUCCCGAUCCCGUUCGCGAAAGCGUUCGAAAUCUCGUUCCAAGCGUUCGCGAUCGCGAAAACGUUCACGCAGUCGUUCGAAGAGAUCCCGCAGCCGCUCAAAGCAGUCGCACACCAAACGGUCGUCAUCCAGAAGCAAGCGAUCACGAUCCCGUUCAAAGCGUUCCCGAUCGCGUGAUCGUCGCAAGCGCUCCCGUUCGCGAAACCGCAGCCGAUCACGUUCGCGUGAUCGCCGUCGCUCACGCUCCCGUUCCGAUCGUAAACGUUCUCGCUCCCGUGAACGUCGUGAUCGCAGCCGCGAUCGAAAGAAGUCUCAUCGCAACAAGGAAGAACGUCGACAUCGCUCGCGUUCGCGUUCUCGUAGUCGCAAACGUUCGACAUCCCGUACCCGGACCAGCCGUACGAAAGAUGUGGCUCGUGCUUCAAAAAAACGCAGUCGAUCACCGGAUAAGCGGCUUAAGAAAAUUCUGGAGGAGAGCGUUAGUCGCGAUUAUGACGCCGAAGAACGUAUCGGGGAACGCGGUGGGGAGGACGAUGCCGGUGCCGGGGCUGGCGGUGGAGGUGUUAGCGGUAGUGCAACGGCGGUGAAAAAAUCUUCUUCACCAGCGACAGUGCGCGAGAAAACGGCUAGCCCGACAACGGAAAAGUCGGAUAAUAUGGAUAUUUCCAAUUCCCCGUAGAAACCAGGAAGGCACUACAGUUUUUUUAAUGUCACGAUGCUUUUUAUUAAGAUUAAUAGUGAUAUGAUUUUUUGCUUGAAUGUACAAGAUCCUUCUGUCGGAUUACAUUUAGAACUAUCUAAUUAACUGUAACUGUAUGGAAUGAAA